CUGGAAGCAUUUUUUAAAUUAGUUAUUCGUCUAGAGAUGCUCAACAAGUUGUUUAGCUAGAGCCUACCCCUUUGUGUGCAUUUAAAAUUAAAAGAUUCACAAUGGGAAACUCACAAUCUAGCAGACGUAAAUUUCUUCUAAUGGGGAAGACGGGCGCGGGUAAAAGCUCUACAGCAAACACCUUGCUUCAAAAAGAAGUCUUCAAACAAAGCACAAAUGCGCAUGCGUGUACUAAAACAGUGGAGCUGCAUAGUUUGCAAUAUAAAGAAAUGUUUUUUGAUGUUGUUGAUACUCCAGGACUAAUGGACACUGAGCUUGAUGAAGUAGAUAACACUAAAUUCACUCGAGGCAACAUGAUUGAGGCUAUGAAAAUAUGUGAAAGAGGUUUCCAUGCGUUGUUACUGAUUGUGAGUUUCUUAGAUGGUUUUAAGGCCGAAGAUAAAAUGACGGUAAAAGUCCUUAAAGAAAUAUUUGGGCGUAAUAUUUUAAAAAACAAUUGCAUCGUCGUAAUGACGCAUGGCGAUCUUUUUCACAGAAACGUAGGGGCUGAUAUUGAUUUUAUGAACUGGUGUAAAACGCAGUCUGGUGCUUUUGCUGAUUUGUUUAGAGAAUGUAAUUACCGUGUCGUUUUAUGCAACAACAAGGGUACAACUAAGCAGAAGCAAGAAACAAUAGAAACAAUUCUAAUUCUGCAACGUCAACUCUAUAUGUAUACAUCAAGUGAAUUUGGAAAGUUCUCUCUAGUUCGACAAAGAGAUCGGGUUUUGUUAAACUUUUUUCUUGACAAGCUUAAGAAAAAACUGAGGCACAGGAUAUCGAUAUUACAAGGGGACUUAAAUCUGAUGAAAGAUUCGGCUAAAGUCUUGAAAGAUGAUACUGAAAAAGUCAUUUCUGCAUUUGGAAUUUUAACUCAUAAUAAUAACCUGAAUUUAACUAACCUACCAGUGAACGGAAAUUCAGCCGAUUCGGAAAUAAACCCAACAGCAAAUUUCUUACAACUUACUGAAAAAGUAACCUCGACAUUUCAGAAAUAUUUGGAAAAAGAGCCCAAAUGUUCGAAACAAUCGGAGCAAUACAUGGAGAUGAAUCAAAUCCUCAACAGUCCUUUACAGAGCGGCCUGAGGAUUCUUGGGAUCCACAUGGAGAAGCUGAAAUCCCCGGCAAACGUAAUUGAAGACAUGAACUUCCAAAUCCAUUACUGGAUCUCAGUGAUAGCUGAAGAAGCGCACGGGACCAGAUUAUUAGAUGAUGUCAUGACCGAGGCGGAAGAUCUUAAGAAAGAGGUAGAAAAAUUUCAAGUAAAUCGAGCCCUACAUUUCUUCGCCUAUUGAAAUGUAGAGAAGCUUCAGAUGGCGCUGUUUGUGUUCUAUAACAGCUUGAAUGUGUAUAGAGAAGCAAUUCAAGUUCGGCUACCACAGUACACCCAUUAUAUCAUCAAUC